AGAGGGAUGAGAAUGGAUAGGUUUCGCCCUACGGGAGCCCAGCUGAGCUGGACCAUCCCAACAUGUUCAAAGGAGCAAAGAAACCUACCGUGGCCGACAUGUGUGGUCCGCCCACCUUGCGCAGCACGCUGGUGACCGGCACCUCUGGGCAUGCUGAUGCGGACUAUGAAGAUUCGGAGCUCCUGGGGCAAGGGGCCUAUGGCAUGGUGCACAAAGUGCAGGACAAGGCCACCGGGCAAAGCAAAGUUCUCAAGUCGGUGGUCCGACCGGACGGCUGGGAUGACGAGCGCCUGAAAAUGGAGGCCAAAAUCCUGCAGAAUCUCGACCAUCCGCACAUUCUUCGAAUUUUCUCCUGGUACGAGGACGGGGACUCUAUCAACAUCGUGAUGGAACAUUGCGAUGGCGGAGAACUUCUGAAGGCCGUGCGGGAUGGGAGGCGAGCGGGGGAGGCAUUGCCGGAACGCUGGGCAGCGGCAAGCAUACGACAAAGUUUCCAAGCUUUAGUAUAUAUACAUUCCAAAGGCGUGGUGCACAAGGACUUGAAGGGUCAGAACCUCUUACUGUUGCACAACACGCGGGUGGACGGCAAAGUUUUUGAGCGCCUCCCUCACGUGGUGAUUUGCGACCUGGGCAUCGCGGAGAUUUGCUGCCGGGGGAUCUUCGGCCUCCGUGGUAGCAAGGUCGCCGGCACACCUGCCACUAUGGCGCCUGAGGUUUGGUCAGGCAGCUGCGGCCCAAAGAGCGACGUUUGGAGCAUGGGUUGUGUCAUGUUCGAGAUGUUCACCAACAAGCUCCCCUUCGAGGUGCGUGGGAAUGUGGAUGGCGCCGCCAAGCAGCAGGCGAAGUGGGUGGAGCUGCACAGCAAAGGGCCCAACUGGGAACUCCUCAGAUGCAGUCCGGACGCCAAGAAUCUCUGCAAGCAGCUGCUCACCUUCCGGGAGAGCGCGCGACCGGGCGCCUCCGAGUGCCUGUCGCAUCCUUGGCUGAAGCUGCAGCUGGCGGAAGACGUAUCCCACAAGGACAUGGAGAGACUUUGCCAAGCCGUGCUGACUUGGCGGGACCGCUCCCCCUGCCAACGCGCCUUCUGCCUCAAGGUGGCGGCCAACUGUACCUGCAUCGACAAGUUCGCGAAGCUCUUCGUGAAGUUCGACACGGACAAUUCCGGGGUCCUGGACACGCCGGAGAUGAUGGCUGCCCUGAUGUCGGUGGGCAUCACCAAAGAGCUGGCCAAGAAGACGGCCAAAGCCUUGGACGUGAACGGCGACAACUCCUGCGAGUACUUGGAGUUCACUGCCGCCUGCUUGUUGUCCAUGGAGGACGAGUUCGAUGAGCUCCUCCGCCUGGAGUUUCGGAUCCUCGACCCCAAGAGGGUGGGCAGCUUGACCCCGAGUCAGAUGGAGCCGCUGAUGACCGAGCUAAAAUUGCUGGCAGCUUCAAGGGGCUUUGAGAUCGAGGACAUCGAUGCUGACGGCGAUGGUCACAUCGACUUUCAGGAGUUCUGCACCUACUUCGGGCGGCCCAACGUGUCGUACUCCCGGUGCCUGCCGCCGGACCCGUCCAAGCCGGGGGCGAAGCAGAUGAUGCCCAUGAAGCAGCACGUGCGCAUCGUGGGCGGCCACGGGAAGAGUGUGGAGAUGAGCAUGGACCAAAUUCGAAAGAGCAUGGGAAUGGGAGUGCCGAAGAUCCCACCAGUGGUGCCGGAAAGUCCAAAGGAGAAGCCAAAGGAGAAGAAGCCCACCGCGAAGCCAAAGGCAUCCGGUUCCAAGCCGGAGGCCCAGUCCAGCCCGCCGGCGACUCCCACGAGUGCUCGCGCUGGCGCCGGCGGCGCGAGCUCCAGCACAGCCAGGAGGCCCAGCACAGGCGCGGCCUCCGCAACCACGAAGUCCAGCAGCGGGGUGGAGGAGGUGAAGGAUGAGAAAGGCGAAAAGCAGGAAAAGGAUGAGAAGAAUGAGAAGCGGGAAAAGGUGGAGAAGGAGAAAGUGGAGAAUGAGGGGAAACAGGAGAAGGAGGAGAAGGAGGAGCAGAAGGUGGUGGAAGAGCUAGACCCCGAUGCCAGGAAUGGCGAGUUCGUGGAGGCUGCUCCGAGUGAAAACCCGGACAUAAGCUCCGAGAACCACAUAGAAGAAGGCUCAGGCCAUUCGGCCUUGGAGUUGGAACCCGACCCGCGACCAGGCCCUGCGGACCAAGAUAGUGCGGUACCCGUGUUGUCUCGAAGCAUGUCCACCUGCUCGGACAGCCCAAGAGGCUGCUCCACCGCCUGCGCGACAGCGAAGCGGGUCUUCUGUGGACCUUCGCCCAGGCCAAUUGCUGCAAGCUCUGCCAUUGCCCAUCGAGAACCAAUGAAGUGUGGGCGCCUGACAGUUUCACUUUGAUCUCAAUGAUUUCGGCAGGCAGGACGCAACGUCAGUGCCAAGGUGGGCA